GUAUAGCUUUGAGUUGAAUCUACCUGAAUUAUUUGCUUUGGUAAUAACAUGAUUUAUAACAUUCCAGCCAAUAAAGCACUACUGAACUGAACUGAACUGAAUUACGCGGCGUAUGUGCAGGUUGAUCAUCCGCUCCGUUAUUGUGUUAUCCGCAUCGGGUUUUCUCCUCGCUGCGUGCGUGCGUGUGUGUGUGUGUGUGUGUGUGUGUGUAUUCGCGUGCGCGUGCGCGGAUUGGUGGAAGCGGCAUGGCGCUGGCGGAGAGGCGCGCGCUGCUCCAGCACUCGGUCAGAACGCGAGGCGCGCGCGCUUGACUCAGAGGUGAAGGAGACCGUUCAACCGGAUGAGGAGCAGAACUUCAGUGUCACACCUUCACCGUGCUUUAACGUUGUUGUUGUUGUUGAACAUGAGCUCGGCGCUGGACGGCUGAUUCUUUCUUUCUUUAUUUUUUUCCCUUCUUACGCGUCGCCGGUUCGGAUCGCGCGAACAGACGAAGGAGGGAGGAAAAGAAGCAGAAGAAGCGCGCGCACCGGGGAGGAUAUUUACGCCGAAGCGUUUUGAAUGUUUUGAGGUGCGGCGUGUUUCUCUCGGUUCAGGAGGCUCUCACCAAGAGUGGGGUUUUUUUGUUGUUGUUGUUGUUGUUUUUGUUUUUGUUUUUGUUUUCUUACAAACAAGGACAACUUCAACAUUCCCCGACGGACGUUUGGUUUGCAAAGCGCACAAGUUAUCAUUUUCAUCACAUUGUAAAGUUUUGGUGGAAGCGGAACAACCUGACGCGCCGCGCGACUCUUUCAAUCAAUCAGUCAAUCAGUCAGUCGGUCAGUCAGUCUGAUGCGUAUCCGUCGGCGGAUUUCUCCCGGUGCCGUCAUGGGGAAAACUAGGGAAAAGACUGCGAAAGGAGAACGAGGGAGCGCUGGAUGCUUAGUGCACGUCAUUAGAACAAUUUUUCUGCUCGCCGUGUUCGUCAGCACCAGUAGAGCUCAGGAUGAUGACUACUUGGGAUUGGGCGAGCUUCCUGAGACCUUCCCUUCAGACCCGCCUGAGCCCCUCCCCCACUUCCUGAUGGAGCCCGAGGAGGCCUACAUCGUCAAAAACAAACCGGUCAAUCUAUACUGCAAGGCCACGCCCGCCACACAGAUCUACUUCAAGUGCAACAGCGAGUGGGUGCCCCAGAAGGAGCACACGGUGGAGGAGCGCGUGGACGAGACCUCCGGUCUGGUGGUGAGGGAGGCGAGUAUCGAGAUCACGCGGCAGCAGGUGGAGGAGCUCUUCGGCCUCGAGGAUUUCUGGUGCCAGUGCGUGGCCUGGAGCUCAGCCGGUACCACGAAGAGCCGCAAGGCCCACGUCCGCAUUGCCUAUCUCCGCAAAUCCUUUGACCAGGAGCCUUUGGGGAAAGAGGUGUCUCUCGAACAGGAAGUGCUCCUCCAGUGCCGUCCACCCGAAGGAGUUCCUGCUGCAGAGGUCGAGUGGCUGAAGAACGAAGAGGUCAUCGACCCUGCAGACGAUCGGAACUUUUACAUCACUAUCGACCACAACCUGAUCAUCAAACAGGCUCGUCUGUCCGAUACCGCUAACUACACCUGUGUAGCCAAGAACAUCGUGGCCAAGAGGAGGAGCACCACGGCCACCGUCAUAGUCUAUGUGAACGGAGGCUGGUCGACAUGGACCGAGUGGUCAGUGUGUAACAGUCGCUGUGGGAAAGGCUUCCAGAAGAGGACCAGGAGCUGCACCAACCCAGCACCCCUCAACGGGGGAGCCAUAUGCGAAGGCCAAGCCAUUCAGAAACUGGCCUGCAAUCCGUUAUGUCCAGUGGACGGGUUGUGGACUGAAUGGAGUAAAUGGUCAACAUGCGGGACAGAGUGCACCCACUGGAGGAGGAGAGAGUGCAGUGCACCGGCGCCGAAAAACGGUGGCAAGGACUGCGAGGGCAUGGUGCUCCAAUCCAAGAACUGUACCGACGGCCUGUGCAUGCAGAGUUCCCUAUAUCAGAAGUCAUCUGAACCAAAAGGCAAGAGUGAUGAUUAUGGAUAUUCAUCCGCCCCGAGCACAGACGACGUGGCUCUCUACGUGGGCAUUGUCAUCGCCGUGAUCAUGUGCUUGGUCAUCUCCGUCAUCGUGGCCCUCUUCGUUUACCGCAAGAACCAUCGCGACUUCGACUCGGACAUCAUCGAUUCCUCGGCUCUCAACGGCGGCUUCCAGCCAGUCAGCAUCAAGACCGCUCGCACGGCCGAUCUCCUGACCGCGCCCCCUGACCUGACCUCGGCGGCGGCCAUGUACCGCGGUCCCGUCUACGCCCUCCACGACGUGGCCGACAAAAUCCCCAUGACUAACUCCCCUCUGCUCGACCCCCUGCCCAACCUGAAGAUCAAAGUGUACAACUCGUCCGGCACGGUGACGCCGCAGGACGAGCUUUCCGACUUCUCGUCCAAACUCUCUCCCAAGCUGGCGCACUCACUCAUCGACAGCGAGACCAUGGGACGACGCACUCAGAGCCUGGUGCGGUCCCGAGACCCGUCCUGCACCGCCUUCGGCUCCUUCAACUCCCUCGGAGGACACCUCAUCGUGCCCAACUCAGGCGUGAGUUUGCUGGUGCCAGCGGGUGCUAUCCCUCAGGGACGAGUGUACGAGAUGUACGUGACGGUGCACAGGAAGGAGACAAUGAGACCUUCAGUGGAUGACACUCAGACUGUUCUAAGCCCAGUGGUGAGCUGUGGACCUCCCGGAGCGCUCCUCACCCGGCCGGUCAUCAUCACCAUGCACCACUGCGCUGAAGCCGACAACGACGAUUGGCUGAUUCAGCUGAAGAGCCAGUCGCAGCACGGCCAAUGGGAGGACGUGGUGGUGGUGGGGGAGGAGAACUUCACCACACCCUGCUAUAUUCAGAUGGACGAGGAGGCGUGUCACAUCCUGACCGAGACGCUGGGGACGUACUGCUUAGUGGGUCAGUCAGUGAGCGCAGCCACCACCAAGAGACUGAAGCUGGCGGUGUUCGGCCCCGUCACCUGCACCGCCCUCGAGUACAACAUCCGCGUGUACUGCCUGGAUGACACGCAGGACGCCCUCAAAGAGGUGCUGCAGAUGGAGAAGCAGAUGGGUGGGAAGCUCCUGGACGAACCAAAGACCCUGAACUUUAAGGACAGCACCCACAACCUGCGUUUGUCGCUGCAUGACGUCCCGCACACACAGUGGAAGAGCAAACUGCUGGCCAAGUACCAGGAGCUGGCGUUUCAGCAGGUAUGGAGCGGUUCUCAGAGGAACCUGCAGUGCACCUUCACUCUGGAGCGCUUCAGUGCCGCGACGGUGGAGCUGGCCUGUAAACUGUGCGUGCGCCAGGUGGAGGGCGAGGGCCAGAUCUUCCAGCUCAACACCACGCUGUCGGAGGACUCACAGUGUAUUGAUACGUCUCUGCUGGACCCGGCGAGUAACAUCACCACGCUGGUGGGCCCGAACGCCUUCCGUAUCCCUCCAUCCAUCCGGCAGAAGCUGUGUAGCAGCCUGGACGCCCCUCAGACCCGCGGCAACGACUGGAGGAUGUUAGCACACAAACUCAACCUGGACAGGUACCUGAACUACUUUGCCACUAAGUCCAGUCCAACCGGUGUGAUUUUGGAUCUUUGGGAAGCACAGCACUUCCCCGACGGCAACCUGAACCGAUUGGCUGCCGUGCUGGAGGAGAUGGGUCGCCAUGAGAACAUUGCAAUGUUACCCAUGGCAACCGAGCACUGAUGCCCGUCAGGCACAUCGGAAGACUGCAGAAGUGAUGGGUGAAUAACUGGGGGAAGGAGCGCGGUGGACUGGAACACUGCAGCGGGACACACGGGGCAUGGUGGCUUUUCCCCACGCAGCUCUACGCUGGUGGGAAUCGAGCGGAGACUCUCAAAUGCUUUCGUUACCACGGCGACGUAUACAACUACAAAAAAAAUUAUAUAGAGGACCGGAAUGGAGAAAAUUCAGGACACAUUGUACUUAACGCCCUGUCUGUACACUUCCUGGUACAGUCUGUUUUCGUUUUCUUUUUGGUUCCUGUUUUGUUUCAUUUUUUUUUUUUUUUUUUUUACUAUUUGUCAAAUCAGUUUCUUAGGAAACGCGUGACUUCUGCUGUCCAGAUAUUGGACCUUGUCCACUUUCUUCUCUGACAUAUGGGAUAAUCUGUAAUAGACCGUGAUUGGGGGUGGGGUGUGUGUGUGUGUGUGUUUAGGCAAGGCCCCAGGUAAGAGGAAUAAAAAGCAUAGAAACCCCUCGAGUGCCAUCGACCCGUGUCAGUCCUUAACGCUUUUCCCAUUAAAAUUGAUCAAGUUGAUAUAAACAUUCCCUUGAUGAUGAUGAUGAUGAUGAUAUUUAAUAUUGCCUUUAUUUAUACUCAUUUAUUACUAUUUUCCCUCAUGCAGCGUCCCAUUAUGUAUUUUUUUUUCCCUUAUCAUUUUUCUACCUUUUUUAAAAGAAAACAAAUCCUGCAUUGUCUGCCGUGUAUGUUGUUUUUUUUUCCACAGUGCCACCCAGUGGGCAUUCUCUGCAACUACAAAAUUUUUCAAAAAUAUGCAGCUUGUAAAUAAGCAUUCAAGACCAUUGUACAUGUAAAGUUUAACAGUGUUAUCGUUCUCUGGUUAUUAUUUUCGGAUUAAUUGCUUUCGGUUGCAUUUGUGGUCUGUAUUUAAUCGCAACUUUAAUCGAGACAUGAAAAAAAAAGAAAAAUAGCAGUCAAAUGCUUGCUUUUUUAUUUUUUUAAACUUUUUUUUUUUUUUUAACCAAGGUCACGCUGUUGGAGGUUUCGUAAACAUUUCUCCACUGUUACUGGGCCCGUGUUCUCUGCUUUAGUCUGCUGGGAGAAAUCUAACCUUGGCAAAGGAAAUCAGGAAAACAGGCACGGAGAGGAAAAAAAGCCACUGAUCGGUUACGGAUUUAGUCACAGGUUUUAUCCAAAACCGCAUACUAAUGCACUAAACCAUAUCAGAAUCAUUUUUUUUUUUAAUAGUAGGAAUAAUAACAAUACUAAUAACAAUAAUAAUAAUAAUAACAAUACAGUCCAUUGGCUACAUCCAAAACUACAGAUUAUCAUAGGAAAUGGUAUUGUAGACAGAAUCUGUACACCUUGGCUACGUCCAGAACACCAGGUGUGGGCGAUAUGACAAAAAAUAUCAUACCA